AUGGCCAGUGCUUUAUUAGAAAAGAAGGCCCAGCUUCCAGUUACUUGCCAACUAUGUGACGAAGAGACCAAAAUAAAUUGGAAAUGCAUUGAAUGUGAUUCUCUACUAUGUGACAGGUGCAAGUCAAUUCACUCAAAGGUAAAAACACAACUUGAACAUUCUGUCAUUAAUUUGAAGGACAUCGGGCAGCAAGACACUUAUCGAAAACCAGAAGCAAGGUUAAAAGUCAUUCGAUGUGAAACACAUGAACAACAGACGUACUGUGUUUAUUGCAGGGACUGCGAACAAUUAGCAUGCCCAGUCUGCUUGUCUCAAAACCAUAAGAAACAUGACUUAGAAGAAAUAAGAACUAUUGUGGAAGAAAAAAUGAAGGAGAUGAAAGAUUACGAACAAAAAUAUAUCACUAUUAUUUUGAAGAAAGAUGAAUAUAAUGACUUUAUCUUGGACAAAGCGGUUCUAAUUCAUGAAGAAAGAUACGAGGAUACAAAGAAUAAAGUAAAAGAUUAUGAACAAUUUAUGAAAAAUGAAGUAACAAAACACAUACAUGAACUUCUUGUUGACCUCGAUGACAGGUUAAAAACAACUAAACUUUCAAUUUCACAAGAGAAAACGAAACUUGAUGAAAGGAAAUCACAGAUGAAUGAAAAAAUUCGAGAAAUUCGAGAAUGUGAGAAAAAAACAGACAUAAAGGCAAUUCUAAAAAUAGCAGAUUCUGCUGAAAAAUAUUUUCAAAAGCUUACUGAAGAAGAAAUCACAAUUCCAUUGUCGUCCUCGAUGUUUGACGAAGGAAUAUUCCCAGAAAGUGUAAAAACUAUGAUACUAGGAUCAAUUCAAGAGGAGUAUAUCCCUAAACAAGAUGUAACGAAUGAAAUAAAACUCGAGGUCGUGAAAGUUUACAAAACUGAUGUCUAUGAAAUAUUUUCUUUGGAUCCAAGUAAUGAUGGUUCUUUUUUUCUUUACUGUAAAAGUGAUGUCAGAAACGUUCUAACCGACACCUUAGUGAACAUACACCAACUGGACACUAAAAAAGAUAGGAUUAGAAACAAUUUCACGAGGAAGCUGUCUUCUGAUGGCCUAGCUAUUUUACCUAAUGGAACAUUGCUCUCUCCCUCAAUAAAAGAACACAAAAUUUUUGUUCUUUCCAAAUUUGGAAGACAGGUAAGAGAGUUUAAAAAUAUGGCACCAAAGGCACCUGGUGCACUUCACAUAACUGCAGAUCAUCAUAUUCUAAUCGGGACUAUUGAAGCAGAUGGCGAACAUCAACUAGAAAAAUGGACGAUGGAUGGCGAAGUUCUGAAAGUAUUUCGCUUUGACAAUCUGAAAAGAAAACUGUUCGAAUUGAUAGUUAAGCUGAACACAGAUUCGCAUGGUAACAUUUUUGUUGUUGAUUUUGAGUAUGAUAGUUCAAGAGGGAGAAUAAUAAAGUUAAACAACGAAGGACAACGGAUGUGGGUUUAUGAUGGUCAUCCAAAAAUAAAUUCUUAUUAUAGGACAUUUUUGCCAACUGACAUUUUAAACAUUUGCCUAAACUCGUGGAUAACGUAUGAUAGAAACACGCAUACCAUCCAUGUACUUAGUUCAAACGGAAAACUUCAAAAUUACUUUAAUGUCAAAGAAUUGAACAUUGAAUCCAGUAUACUCAGCAUGGCAAUAUCUAAGGACGGUCACGUGAUCUUUGGAGAAGGAGUCACGCAAGAGGAAAUGAUUUCAAGAAGCAAGAAAGCUAAACUGUAUGUUCUCAAACUAAAAGAAUGCUAA